AUGCUUUCACAAAAUCAGCUACAUACUGGCAUUGCACCCAUGGCAUUCACAUUGCCAGGUGUUGCAAUAUUUCCCAGUGAUGAAGAGGCAGGCUGUCAGGCAUCAGGGCUGUUUGCCAGCUCUGACAUGGUCAAAGCCCUUAUCAAUUCACACCAACUUGAUAUUAAGCAUUGGUUAGAUGAGCUCACCACAAUCCUUAAGUACAAAGACUUGGAAGCUGCGCAUGCUGAAGGCAAGACUUUCAGCUUACUCCCUGCCUCUUCCACUGCUCCAAAUGGUAGCCUUUUGUGCAACGGCAAGCCUGCCAGGGAUAGGAAUAGAAAGGUCGCGCCCAUGAUGAUUAGUGAGAUGUUUGCUGAGGCCGGUCAUCCACUCAAAACCUCCAAUAGCAGGUGGCUGACCAUGUUGGACAUCCUGUAUACCGAGAAGCUUUGCAUUCACGACUGGCCCACUGGUGUUCCCCUGCCUGGCCCAGAUUUUGAUCUAAAGGCUCUAUCUGCAAGUCAACUACAUGCUUUGGUAGCUCUCAAGGUGGAGGCAGCAAAGGCAAAGAAGCGCAAAGGCAAGUCCAAGAAGUUGGGUGACAAAGGAAGGAAGAAGGGGGCAGUGGUGGAGGAGCCAAGUGUCAUCUUGCAUAUCAGCAGAUGGCCUGAAAGUGAUAUCCUUACUGUUGAGACACAGGCCACAAGCAUGUGCCUCAUCCCACUUGUCAUCGACACUAACAGCAAAGUUGUUCGCUCCCUCCAAGACUCAGAGAAGUUCAUCAAGGAUCUUCUGCAAGACAACACCCAAGAUGACACUCCUAGACACCGCACCAAACAGGUAAUCAAAAAACCUGCAGUGUCUAAUCUAACAGCUUCGCGCUCCAAUCAGGAAGCUUUGCACUCAACUAUGGGAGCUUUGCACUCAACUAUGAGAGCUUCAUGCUCCAAUCAGGAAGCUUCACACUUCAACCUUGAAGCUUCGCGCUCUCAUCGCCAUACUAACCGAGCCAUCUAUGAUAAUUUCCCGCCUUCAUCACCACCAACACCAUCUUCCCAGUUUUCGUCUCCCCCUCCUAUUUCACAUGCAUCAACUCCUAUGUCAACCCUGGGUUAUCUGCACAUCGGGGACGCGAUAUAUCCCUCUCACUCUCAAUAUGAGCAUUCACAUGAUGGACCACAUUGA